UGAAAAGUCAACUCUUAUAAUGGAUUUUUGCCGAGUUCUUCUAACCAAACACUUAAAAAUUCCCGUCGUCUAUUUCUUUAUACAGAUCAGUUGGACGAAAGCUUUUUCUAGGAGGAGAUUUAUGGCUGAGACACUUUUGUCAGUUGGAGUUGAGAAGCUCUGGAACCUCCUUGUCCGAGAAUCUGAGCGAUUUCAGGGAGUUCAGGAGCAAUUUAAUGAAUUAAAAACUGAUCUGAAUAUGUUAAGGUGCUUUUUGGAAGAUGCAGAAGCCAAAAAACAGACAAGUGCAAUGGUGAGAAACACUGUGAAAGAGAUCAAGGAAAUUGUUUAUGACGCCGAAGAUAUAGUUGAAAUCUUUCUUCUAAAGGAAGAACUAGGAAAAACAAGUAGCAUUAGGAACAGUGUGCAGAGAUUUUCUUAUGAUAUUGUGAAACGCAGGGGGCUUGCUUUCGAUAUGAAAGCCAUAAGUAAGAGGAUCUCAAAGGUGAUUCGUGAUAUGCUGAGUCUUGGCGUACAACAAGUCAUUGUCAAUGAAAGGUAUACGCAGUCCCUAUAUAAGAGAGAAAGGGAAAUGCGACAAACGUUUUCAAGUGAUAAUGGAGACCAUCUUGUGGGGCUGGAGAAGAAUGUUGAGCAAUUGGUUGGCUAUUUAGCAGAGGAAGAUAGCAGCCAAGUGGUUUCUAUAACGGGGAUGGGUGGUAUCGGUAAAACCACCCUCGCAAGACAGGUGUUUAAUCAUGAGACAGUAAAAAAUAAUUUUGCAGGAUUGGCGUGGGUAUGUGUUUCUCAACAGUUUACAAGGGAGUAUGUGUGGCAGACGAUCUUGCGGAAACUCAGGCCAGAGUAUAAAGUGUUAGAAAUGACAGAAGAUGAAGUCCAAGAAGAACUCGUUCGACUGUUGGGAACACAAAAGACUUUGAUCGUCCUUGAUGAUAUAUGGAGAGAAGGAGAUUGGGACAUAAUAAAACCAAUGUUUCCACAGGCAAAAGGUUGGAAGGUACUACUUACUACUCGCAACGAGGGUGUGGCAUUACGAGCACAUCCAAAAUGUUUCACUUUUAAACCAGAUUGUCUAACUCUCGAAGAAUGUUGGAAAAUUUUUCGACGGAUAGCAUUUCCUAGAAAAGAUACCAACGACUUGAAGGUUGAUGAAAUGGAAGAGAUGGGUAAGAAGAUGAUAAAACGUUGUGGAGGACUACCAUUGGCGGUAAAAGUGUUAGGAGGUUUGUUAGCUGCGCAAUACACAUUGCAUCAGUGGAAAAGGAUAUAUGAGCAUAUUGGAUCUCAUAUUGUUGGAGGGACUACUUUAAAUGGCGACAAUAACAGUUUGGUUUAUUAUGUAUUAUCUUUGAGCUUUGAAGAGUUGCCUAGUUGUUUGAAGCAUUGCUUCCUCUACCUCGCCCAUUUUCCAGAAGAUUAUCUCGUAGAUGUGGAGAAAUUGUCUUACUACUGGGCUGCGGAAGGAAUACUAAACGCAGAAUCUUAUGAAAGAACAAGCAUUCGAGAUGUUGCGGAUGGCUACAUAGAAGAGUUAGUUAAAAGAAAUAUGGUUGUGUCCGAAAGAGAUGGUAGGACUUUGAGAUAUGAAAAAUGUCACUUGCAUGACAUGAUGAGAGAAGUUUGUCUUCUUAAAGCCAACGAAGAGAACUUCCUACAAAUUAUUAACGGCACCUCAACUGCGAAUUCUGAAUCUUCUUGUAAAUCUCGCAGACUCGCCUUACAUCAGCUUGAUAGGACAUUUAAUGUGGAAAGGGAGAUGAAUAAUCCAAAACUUAGAUCUCUCUUGGUUAUCUUGAAAGACAAGAGAACAGAUUGGAUGGCACCAGAUUUAUGCUUUACAAGGCUUAAGUUGAUGAGGGUUUUAGAUCUCUCUAGAGUCCAGUUUGAAGGCGGGAAGUUACCUUCGAGCAUUGGGAAUCUCAUUCACUUGAAAUAUUUGAGUUUAUAUAUGGCGCAUAUAACUCAUCUACCUUCUUCUAUGCGGAAACUGAAGCUGCUGCUCUAUUUAAACCUAUGUGUACAUAAGAGAUAUUCAAUCUACAUGCCCAAUUUCUUGAAAGAGAUGCGAGAAUUGACAAACCUUUUUCUUCCGGUGAAGAUACAUGAUAAAGUAAAGAUGGAAUUGGGUAAUCUAGUCAACCUGGAGACGUUGGAGAAUUUCUCAACAGAGCAUGGGAGUGUGAAGGAUUUCCAAGGUAUGACACGGCUCAAAGUCCUCUCUAUCUUAUUCAACGGCAAGGGGUGUACUAUGGAAACUCUAUCUUCAUCUCUAAGUGAAUUGAAACACUUGGAAAAUCUUACGAUAUAUGAUGAUUAUAAGUUGUAUGCUCCCACGAAUGAUGAAGGUUUCUUUUUGGAUUGCAAGAAUCUCAAACAGCUCAAGUUAAGUAUAUAUAUGCGAAGGUUACCUGAUGCGCAACGCUUCCCUUCUCACCUUACAAGCAUAACUCUAAGUGGUUGUUGUCUAGAGGAGGAUCCGAUGCCAAUUCUAGAGAAGCUUCUUCACUUAUAUGAUGUCAGUUUAUUGAAUAAAUCUUUUUGUGGAAGCAGAAUGGUUUGCUCGGCCGGUGGGUUUCCUCAAUUGAAGAAGCUAAUAUUAUCUACAUUAUAUGAGUGGCACGAGUGGAUAGUAAAAGAAGGCUCCAUGCAACUUCUUCAUUCUCUGACUAUUCUAAAUUGUCGAAAGUUAACAGAGCUUCCUGAUGGGCUGAGGUUCAUCACUUCCUUGGAAGAGCUGGAUAUGAACACACAUACAUUGGAAUUUUGGAAGAAAUUGUCAAGAGGAGGAGAAGAAUACUACAAAAUCCAACACAUUCCUCGUUUGAAUAUUGUCUAAGACUCUCCAAUAAUAGGCAAACAGGAUAAUAUGGGUACAAUACCGGUUGAUCCGGAAGAGGAAUUGCAGUGGAUGUCCUAAUUAAGACGUACAUGGUUACAUCGAAACUGUACUCACCAGCCUAGGUGCCAAUGUUCCAAAGGUGAAAACACUAAUUUCCCAUGUCCAUCUCGCAUUUUAUUACACGAUCACACUACUUGAACAUGUGGCUUCAACAAUUAUUAUUCUCUGUCAAGUGGAGAAAUCAAAGAAAGAUGCUGAAUCAGCUCUACACUUCUAUCAGGUCUCAUAUCGUUUUCCAAUGUAUUGGAUUUGAUCAGAAUGAGAUGUAAGGUUCGUUCUUGGCUUAGUGCUAUCAGUGUCAUAUACCAAGUGAUUGUUUGUUGGCGCUGAUAGUAACAAUCUCUGUUCAUUUUAUCUUGUUUCUGUGGAAGUUAUUAAAGAAGCGA